AUGCUUUCCAUCUCAACACCCCGUCUCCGUCUGUGGCUGUGGCCUCACGCCAGUAAAGAUUUCAACUGCCACGCGUGGCCACACCUUGGACACGCCCUGCGAUUCGCGCGAAAGAGCAAGAGGAUACCAAUGUGGAAGCUUGGGUGGGCGACUGGACUUGGCGAACGGUACAUCGGACAGAUCGAGAAGGGGUUUGCGGUGCCCACCGAAGUGGAGCACUCCGUGUUGCGACAGAGUCUCGGGGUGUCGCUACGAAAAAAGAAUUUUGCGAAAAUGGAUAAAGUACCUUGAUGAUGAGUUGAAAAAGUAAGGUUGGUUAGUCCUCACUGAUCGAAUGCGAUUCCGAUUUGAGUGCAACAGCAAUGUGAAAGAAUCAGGGCGAGCAGGACGCCUCUUUAACGAUGAAACGCAUGAAGCUAUUCGAAAGAGAACCAGAGCAGCGCGUUGCUCCUGACGGCACUCUUUCAGAACGUAG